AUAUGUGCAGUUGGAUGUGCUCCAUCACACUCCAUCGUACAAUGUGUUGGAGAAGACAAGAAUGAGAGUGAAAGAAAGAUGUUUCUUUAAAAAAAAAAAACGCUUCUUUUUUCAUUCUAUCAAUUGCAAAUCAAAAAGACAAGGAGAGCAUCUCACUUAUUAUUGUCCUUUAUUAAUAAUCCUCUUGCCUCCAACGAGAGCACACAAUAUACACAAAUUAUGGAAAAAAAAACGUAAAGCAACGUAGCGAAAUAAAGGCGUAAAUUUCUCGGUAAAGUAAGAUAUAAAAAAAAAACAAACAGAACAUUAAUUCGUUAUUGUUCUCUUUUAAUAAUCCUUGAACGAGAGCACGCAGUUUUAUACAAGUUAUAGGGAAAAAAAAAAAAAUACAUAGAGCAACGCAGCAAAAUAAGAGACGUAGAUUUCUCGGUAAAGCAAGGUAUCUUCGAUUUUUUUGGGUGCAAUAUCUCGAAUUUUUUUUUAGGUGAGGAUAUCUUCGAUUAGAUUAGAUUGGGUUAAGUUAGGUCACCGCAUCAACCGGGCAAGAUUGACGACAAGAAAAGUGAUUCGCUAUCGUCCUCUUUUAUUAAUGCCAUCGAGAGUCUCUGCCUACCUAUAUAUAGAAAAAAAAAAUGUAACGCAACGAAAUAAAAAUGUAAUCGGUCCGGCAAAAGUCAUAUGUAUAUCUGUUGCUACACAAGUUAGGUUAGCUCGACUCGAUCGCGAAUUAAAUCUCCGCGAUGCGUAUGCAUGCAUACGUACGCCGUACAUUUGACAGCGGGGGCACGCGAGCCCUCGCGAGUGCUACGGCACUCUCGCGCGACGCGGUCGCGCGCGUGCGUCCGCACCGAGGGGAACAAAAACAAAAACAAAAAAAAGAGGAAGGAAACAGGUAGCCAACAUAACCUGUCCCGUUUGGCGGCGCGCGGCGGUACCCGGGGGACGCUUUAUCGCCACCUUGCGAAAUAUGGGAGCUUAUCGAGUUAUCUUUCGUACGGCGCGCUGACUAAUCGAUCGUCGCCGAUACGCGCGCGGCGCUCACGGAAUCGCCGCGCUCGGCUCCCUUCCCACCGUUAAGAUUCCCUGCGAUCUCGGCGAGCCGCCUGCGAGGGCCCGCGAUUGUGCGAAGUAAAUUUUCCUCGCCGUGAGUUUCCCGUCGCGGGAAGUUCUGCCAGCUCGGUUCCGCUUCAGGCAGCUCGCGGCAAUUAGUGGAGCGGCAAGCGGUACUCGGAACUGUACUCCUGCUUCCUGGAACCGCCGCGCGUUGAAACACACGUCUGGAAGUCCUGGACGGUUCGGGAAGGUUCAGGAAUUCGUCGAUCGGAAUCGCGAUACUUCCGAGUCUUCGGAAUCGAAGGCUAAUAAGAAGAAAAAAAGAGGAAGAAGCGGGUACUUCGAAAUGACGUGAACUGCUUGACGAAAGGUGGACUCGGCAUGAUCGUGCGCUACCUGUUGAAGUAGGCAGCGCAAUCUUAUCGUUGAGAUGAUCCGCUCGAGAGAGACUUGGGAGCGUCGAUCACGACUGAACUCUGCUCGUUUUAGGCAGCUAAAGAACUCGGUCAAUAUUUAUUAAAGCAACAUAUGUGAUACAUAUCGUAGAGAUAAUGAUGAGGUAAACUCGUUAGCUCCAAAGAAACCAUGGCGAGAGAGAGAUAUUCCGUGAACGCCGAGGCAAACACAGUUUGCCGCAGGAAGUCCACGCGCUGCAUGAAGAUCCCGCUCAAGUCGACCGAGCAGAUAUACCUGGUGUUCCUCGUGCCGACGUUAAUCAACUGUGUCGUGUACAUUAUUCAUUUCGCCGCUGACUUGGUGGUAGCUGUUCAACACUUCAAGGAGGACAAUCCGCUAUGGGGCAUGGCCACCCUCACAUUCAUCUACGCGCCGGCGCUGAUAUACUUCGUACUGACGGUUUCGAGGCCCGAUUGGUGGAUGACGGAAGACGACAAGGUGUCGAAGGGCGUCCUCGGCUGGUUCGCUCUGCAAGCGUGUCACUUCGUGGGAUUCGCGUUCUUCGUACUGUACAGAUACGCGGGACUCAUCGUGCUGUCUGUGGACGCUAUAAUCUUACCCGGCGACGAGAGAGUCAAGACGUUGAACGUCGCCGCGGCACCUGCGGCCAUCGAAUUGUACUUCUUCCUGCAGGCAUGGUUCCAGGCCGCUCCGCAGGCAAUCUUUCAGCUGCACCUGCUCUUCAGGCACAGCUCCGUGCCCCGCAGUUAUCAGUCAAUGACAGUACAGGUGCUCUGCAUCGUUAUGUCCAUUAUAGUGAUAGCCAUCAAGACAGCUUCUUUUCAAAGAUUUGAGAGCCAGCGUGUAAACGGCAGGAAACUACCCUGGGCAAUGUGGCUGAAGAAGUAUUGCAUUGAGGAACUGAAUAACAUUGAGGAAAAGGUGCCGUUACAAGCUCCUGCAAAGGAGCCGGAGCAACCGGCGGUGAGCGCGCCGUCCGAGCCGCCGGGGGAGGAGAACGCGGCGGCCGAGAACGAGCAGGAGCCCCCGACUCAGUCAGUCUCGCUGGACCGUCAGGUCUCCAUGACCCCGCCGUUACCGCCGAAAAACGCGCACGUGACACCGCCGCCGACGCCGCUCCGCGGCAUCACGACGGUCGCGCCGCUCCCGGUGCCGGACGUGCCGGCGCCGCCGCGUCCGGACUCCGUUUACACGGAGGACGAGGCGGCGAGAGCGGCGGACAGCGUGCAGAGCCUGAAAGUUCCUAAGCGCAAGUACUCCAUGAAGGGCCUCGAGGAGGACGAUCCGAUGGGCAAGUUCCUGUCCUUCCUCUGGUGGUUCCUGUUCAUCCUGGCGCGCGUGCUCGCCAUCGCCGUGGCCUACGAGUUCUAUCCGGUGACCGUGCUGUCGAUGAUGGCCGUGCACUACUGCCUCAUGCUCGCCUACCUGUUCUACUACUCCAAGUAUUACGACGCCGUGACGUUCGUCGUCAACCUCUGGCUCGGUAUGGUCUACGUGAUCAGCCUGAUCGAGUACCGGAUCAAGUUCAAAUACGCCGACUGGUGGACGUUGCCGUACUACGUGUUCGUGAUCACGCAGAACGUCGCGCUCACGCUCACGUGGUACUUGAACGCCGACUGGGACGGAUUCUGGUACACCUACAUAUUCAGCACGAUCCUCGGCGGCCUGGCGCUGUGCGUCCUCUCGUCCGCGGUGUACCACGCGAUGUUCAAGCCAAAGAAGCGCAGAGUCUACAGCAGCUGACGGUCGUUGGAAGAGGCGCUGUCCUUCAGAUAAGUCUUCUGAGAAAUCGGAAACUUCCGUACUAUUUUACUUUCGUACACGCGCAAGGCGUGUAAAUAGACUGUAGGUAUACACACUUGAGAGAGAGUGAGAGAGAUUGUUUGAACUUUUCGGAAGAGACGGAGAAGUCUUCCGAGCAUUGGCGGCUUUCUUUACUUUAUUUACAUCAUGUAGUUUUUUGAUAAAGCCUUAGACAUUUCGAGAAUAUUUUACACAAAAGUAUAUCGUUUUAUUAAAUCUAUAUUUAUAUCUAUAUUAAACUUAUAUACAUAUAGCUAUUGCUGUAUAUUACAGUUGACUGUCUUAAUCAUAAAAUGUGAUUGGUAUAUAAAGAAAGACUUUUAGACGUAGUCGUCAUUAGAUUGGUUGCAAAAACUUCCCAUACUUGCCAAAUAAACUUUUUUGCUAGAUACGAAAUCUCGUAUGCAAUUUCCCAAGUCAAAUCAUAAAGUCAUUAAAGUAGUCACUUUUCUCAUUUAAGAAAACAUUCUUUGGUGCUCUUACAAAAAAAAUUUCUUAAUUAUUUACAAAAAUAUAAAAAAACAGAGAAUUUUUUGUACCAAUCUAAUAGUUUAGGCAGCGUAUUUCACUAUUUAACAAUGGUUUUGUACAUUACGAAAAUAUUUACAAUAUCAUACAUUUAUAUAUAAAACGAAAGCGUGGGCUUUCAAUAUACGCUCAUAUGUAUGUCGUUCUGGGAUCAUCAGAAUAUCUAAAUUUUCGUUUUCUUGUUGAAAAUCCAUAUGUAAUGAUCCCGGGACGAUCGCGUAGAAGAUUACAAGGUAUAUCACAAAA